AUGUCAGCCACACCGUCGUCUACCCUCCCGCCCGAGGUUCUCCAUCACAAUGAAGGCCCGUCGCUCGUUAUCGUCAGUGCCGUGUCCAUUCCCUUCGCGCUGGCUGUUGUAGCCACGAGGGUGUGGGCACGUCAUCGGAAGCAGAUGGCCCUUGAAAUUGACGAUUGGUUCAUAUUGGUAUCCUUGCCGCUACUAUGGGCCACCGCUGCUAUCGCGAUCGCAGUCGUCUACGUUGGUGGAGUUGGAAAGCCUCUGGCAGUCAACAUGAUGGAAGACCAGAACAGGCUUGGGAGAGCUCAGCUGUGCCUGGUUUUAACCGAGUUCGUCUACGGAACAGUACUUUGCACUAUCAAAGCCAGUAUUCUACUCAUGUAUUAUCGCAUAUUCCCGACGCGAUCGAUGAAGAUUGGCGGCUAUGUCCUUGGGGGAUUAACCCUUGCUUGGUGGAUAGCUAUCGUGUUCACUACCAUCUUCCAAUGCACUCCCAUCGACAAGGCCUGGAAACCCUUCAUGGAACAGGGGAAGUGCAUCGAUAAGAACAAGUUCUUCAUUGGGAACUCUAUCCCCAACAUUGUGGUGGAUGCCCUCAUCAUCUCAUUGCCAGUAUGGGAGGUAUCAAAAGUCCAAGUACCGUGGUCACAAAGGGUUGCUAUUGCUGGCAUCUUUCUACUCGGCGGAUUGAUCGUAGUAAUCAGCUGCAUCCGACUGAAAUACAUCGUCGACCUUCUCCAAGCAGGACCCACAGCAGACUUUACUAAGCUGAUCUCAACACCAUGGAUCUGGACAGUCACCGAGCCAUCCAUUGGACUGCUCUGCGCGUGUUUGCCCACGAUGCAGCCGCUGCUGUACUUAGUCUUCGGGCGCUUCAUCACCCGGGCGACCCAAGACCGCAGCAAGGAGGGGAUCAUCACCAUCGGUGGUAGUGGGUCCAAGCAGACGGAAAGGGAGAGGGUGCCGGCCAAGGACGGCCCGUUUAGGCGACUUCACGAUAAUGACUCUGCCGAGGAGCCUGUUUUGUGGCCAGAGACAUAUAUCAAUGAGCAGAACACGGUGGUGGAGCAUAUGAAAGGCAACAGGGGGGAUUCUAUUCCGCUGGGUACGAUUACAGUCAAGAAAGACAUGACGUGGGCAGAAUCACGAUAG